UUCUGUUGUUUUUGUGAUUUUUCUAAAGCCCAUCUCAAGAAUUAGUACUACAAAGAAAACCUGAUGCGACCUCUCCAGAUUGUCCCCAGCCGAUUAAUUUCCCAGCUGUAUUGUGGAUUGAAGUCUCCAGCCUCCACACGAACCAAGAUUUGCCUAACAAUGGCUCGUCCAAGUUCAAAUAUGGCCGAUUUUCGGAAGUGCUUUGCAAAAGCGAAGCACAUAGUUGUCAUUUCAGGGGCUGGUGUUAGUGCUGAAAGUGGGGUUCCGACUUUCAGAGGAGCCGGAGGUUACUGGAGAAAAUGGCAAGCUCAGGACCUGGCCACUCCUCAGGCCUUUGCCCGAAACCCGUCCCGGGUGUGGGAGUUCUACCACUACCGGCGGGAGGUCAUGCAGAGCAAGGAGCCAAACCCCGGGCACCUCGCCAUCGCCAAAUGUGAGGCCCGGCUGCACAAGCAGGGCCGAUGGGUCAUGGUUAUCACCCAAAACAUUGAUGAGCUGCACCGCAAGGCUGGCACCAAGAACCUUCUGGAAAUCCAUGGUAGCUUAUUUAAAACGCGAUGUACCUCUUGUGGAGUUGUGGCUGCGAAUUACAAGAGUCCAAUUUGUCAAGCUUUAUCAGGAAAAGGUGCUCCAGAACCUGAAACUCAAGACGCCAGAAUCCCAGUUGAGCAACUUCCCCGGUGUGAAGAGGCAGGAUGUGGGGGCCUGCUGCGACCCCAUGUAGUGUGGUUUGGAGAAAACCUGGAUCCUGCCGUCCUGGAGCAGGUUGACAGAGAGUUGGCACUCUGUGACUUAUGUCUAGUGGUGGGAACUUCCUCUGUGGUUUAUCCUGCCGCCAUGUUCGCCCCCCAGGUGUCUGCCAGGGGAGUGCCAGUGGCCGAAUUUAACACAGAAACCACCCCAGCCACGAACAGAUUCAGGUUUCAUUUCCAGGGGCCCUGUGGCACGACUCUUCCUGAAGCCCUUGCUCCUCAUGAAACGGAAACUAUUUCUUAAUUGUCCUGGGGAAGGAAGAAAUUAUAGCAUGCCUAAGUACUAGGCCACAAACAGAGGAGAAACAGGCUUGUGGAUGGUGAGCUGAAUAUGGAGAGAUCGAAAAAUAUCCUCUGAUUCCCUGGCUGGAAUCCAACCUGUUGAUAAGUGAUGGGGGCUUAGAAGUGACCAUAGCAAAUGUAUUUAGGAGAAGCCAGAGAACUAGAAAGUUAAUGCCUGUUAUUUGGUUUGAACCUAAACAUAAGCUACCUCUGAUGUGAUUGGUUAGUUAUUGGGAGGGAAAAAAUUUGUAAUUAGAUUGUCUAAAAAAUGUAAUUAUUCUGAUUGUAUUUUUGCUCUUUGGUUAAAGAUAGAAGUAGAGGGAUAAAACCCUGGUAUUUCUGACUUUUGCACAAGUUUUGGUGGAAAAUAAAAUCACUCUCUAUUGUA